GGCUGACCGCUCCCGUUCACCACCGCAGGGAGAUGAAGUUGAUUUGGACGCAUACGCCACCAUGGCCUACGUGCAGUCCCUCCAGUCGAAGAUCGACGCGAUGGAGACCUCAAUCAAAGAGUCCAUCAAUUCGACCGUCACCACCGUGGUCAGCUCCGCCACCAAUCCCAUCUCGUUGGCGCUCAAGGCCGCCCAGGACGGCAUUGACGGGUUGGGCGCCAAGAUCGAGAAGAACGUCCACCUCGCCGUCGGCCAGCAGAUCGACGCCACGAGGAAGCACUUCCAGCAACAGCUCGACGCCUUCAACAUACGCGUCGGCGAAGUGGAAGCCAAACAGGAGAAGACCGACAAAGCAAUCGAGCUCAUGGCGGAGCAGAUCAAAGUAUUGCAACGCGAGCUCGCCACAGCCAACGUGCAACCGAUCAAACAGCAGUUCAUCAGCCGCGACUUCGAUCGCGAAAUCGACGCCACGAUCAUCAAGGUCCACGCGGACGGCCUGGUCACCCUGGCCAAGGCCACCGAGUCCCUCACCAAGUUCGUGGUGGGCUGCGACAUCCGCGAGACUGACUUCACUGUCACUGGCAACGACACCGCCAAAUUUUUCACCAUCAAGUUCACGGGCCUCCCUGGCCCCGCCAGCCGCCGUGUGCAGAAAGUCCUGGACAGCAUGCGCUCGACCAACGGCACCUGGGUGCGCAUCUACGCCGAUGCUGUCUCGGGCCACGGGACGGUCGAGCUGCGGAUGGGCCCCGACAAGUCGCCGAAGCAGAUCAAGACGGAGAUCGUGGGGAAGCGCCUCCGCCAGGCCAUGGAACGCGAGUUCCCGAACCAUGUCUGGCGCGUGGACCGCACCAAGGCCUGGAUCACUGCAGGCUGGGCCCCCGUCAUCGCGUACAGCGUCAGCCCAGGCAGGGACGAGCCGACCAUCCUCACGUUUCAGGACACCGGCCUCCCCGCGCUGGCCAUCGACCGCACGACCCUCAAGAACGCCGCCAACGCGGUUGUUGCACCUGAAGCCGCCCCACGCGUCGUGGAGAAGUCCGCGUACCUCAAGUCCAUGCCGCUGAGCAAGAUGGUCUUGGGCAUCCAGGAGGUCCACCAGAACCACGGCCAGCUCCUUGCCUUCAUGCGGAAGAUCGACAGCACCCUUGACAUGCACUCCUCCUUUGCUCCUGGACAUCAUGGCACUAUCAGUGGCGGGGUUGCCACUGUGUUCCCUGCUGGGGUGAACGCUGUGAGCGACCCCGUUUUUCCUGGCCGUGUUCUACGCUCUGUCUUCCGUGCUGGCGACCAAGUGAUGAUCUUCUACAAUAUCCACAACUACGACCUCAGCAACGCCACCAUCCAGAACAUCACCACGCGCAUCAACAGCGACCUGCAGUGGGCGAGGUCCGACCCGAGCCGCGUUGUCCUGUUCGUAACUGGGGAUUUCAACUUCUCCGCCGUAGGGGAGCUGAAGCUACUGGACCCUGUGGCAAAGGGCAACUCGAACCCAACUGAAACGUCCAAAGCAUCGGCGCGCAAGUGGCACAACGCCCUGAAGCACCUAGUGGAGAUCGACAGCGCCGACACCACGCACUACUGCUCCGAGACGAAGGCCGAGACCACCAUCGACAGAUGCUUCUGCUCGUUCACUCCCACUCAGAUGCUGCAGCUGGCUGUCACGUCCUCCACUUUCUCCACGCCUGAAGACCUCUCACGCCGUCGGGUUAGUGACCAUGCCGCCCUCUUCGUCUCCUUCACGAUGCGCGAUGCCAAACCCUCGCCGAACCAGCCGAUCGCCCAGUACAUCGUCAAGUCCCCGGUCUUCAAAGAGAUUGCCGACAAGGUGUUUGCCGCCUCCCCCAUGGGCAACCUGUCCCCGCCGACCAAGCUGAAGCUCCAGCUCUGGAACCCACUCAGCAAGCGCCUGAUCCUGACGGGAGUCAAGACCAGCGAGGGCACCGUGACGGGCCCCAACGAGCGGCUCAAGAAGCUUGUUGAGCACUGGCAGCCGGUCUUCGCGGGCAAGACCGUCGACGUGACCAAGGCCGCCGUCUACCUGAACCAGUUCUCGCCCACCAUCGCUUUCUCCAAGUACAGGCCGCCAGACUAUGAGACGCUCAAGAAGUUUGCCAGGCGCUCGUCCUCCACUUCACCAGGCCUUGACGGACUGCCGUAUCUUGCCUGGUCCGCGCACGAGAAGUGCACCGAGGUUCUCUGGGGCGUCAUGUGCUACAUGCUCAACGGCGGGAUCCCCCCCGACGAAGUGAACGCGACCGUCCAAGCUUUCUUGCCCAAAGGUGAGGAACCAGAGGACUCGGAACAUCACGGCUGCCAUCGAGACCCGUCCAAAGUCCGUGUCCUAGGAUUGCGCAACACGUCCCUCAAGAUAAUCAGCAGCGCGAUGAAUGCUGCGACGGCAGUGGUGGCAGCCGAGGUGGUCCCAGCCUCACAGCGUGGGUUCAUCCAUCGGCGUAACUUCGGUUUCAACAUCCUCGAGCUUGACGCCGAGAGCCGCAUUGCCUCGGCCGACCCAGACGCCCAGGACAUGCUGCCAGUGCUCGUGUCGCUGGACAUCGCGCAGGCCUUCCCCAGCUUCGCCCACCAGUUCAUCCGUCUGGCGCUCAAGGCCAUGGGCGCUCCCGAAGCGAUCCUCAUGUUCUUCGACUCCAUGUGCAACAACAUCCUCGCGAUGGCCCCGUGCGCUGGCCAGUACGUCCCGCUCUUCUAUAUCAGGUCGGGCAUCAUCCAAGGAUGCGGCUGGAGCGGCACGCUGUACGCACUGGGCGCUGCAAGUUUCCUCCUCAACCUCGAGACCGUCCUCGAAGCCCAAGGCCGUGGACUCUGCCGCGCAUGCGCUGAUGACCUCGGGCUCGUCCUUCGGGUCGCCGCCUACCUGGUCUACCUCGCCGACGUCAUGCUCUGCGUGGAAAUCCUGGCUGGUCUGGAGUUGAAGGCGCCGAAGUGCCACAUCAUCCCCUUGGCAGGCCAGGUCAACGCCGACCUCAUCCUCAAGCUCAAGAAUGCGCUGCUCGACAUCGUCCCGAAGUUCAAGGACUUCAACAUAUGCGACCGCCUCACCUACCUCGGCCUCUUGCUGGGCCCUGGUGCCACGGACCAGCUCAUUUACGCGAAGGCCUUCAACAAGUACCGCUCCCGAGUCAGGGCGUACAGUGCAAGUGAUGCGCCAGCCGUCGGGACUGUCGCCCUGUACAACGGGCGCGCGCUCCCCGUCCUCGGCUACCUUGCCCAGUACGCCUUGCCCCCGCACGAACACUUCAAGCAUAAGAGCUGGAUCAACGCCUCCAUCCUGCGCUUCCCGAACGGCGCAUUCAGGUUGAAGGACUGGUCUUUCCUGAAGGACUGGGGGGUCCCCGCGCCGAGGUCGCUCCAGCUCAGCAUGCUAGCGACAAUCGUCCGCGCGGUGACCUCGACGUUCAAGAAGUUCACCGAGAUUCGUGAGAGACUGCACGCAGGUUUGAACUCCUACGGCCUCCUGCAGACCCUCGAGGGUGCCGCGCGGGGUGCCCUCCAUCUCUCACCGCCGUGGUGGCAGACGCAGGCCUUCGUAGAGACGAUGCACCAGAUCGCGACAGCCACCUCUGACCACGUGUACUACCCCCACCAGCUGGUGGCGCCAGCGAUCGAGGCCGCGCGGGCGGCGGUCGCCAACGAGCAGCCUGGCCUCGCGCAGAAGCAUGCCUACGCCUCGGACCGCAUCGUGAAAGAGCUCCCACACGCUAACGAGCUCUUCACCCACAACCCCACCAUCAUGCACGACAUCCAGACCGCCAUGAAAAGGCUGCCCCCAUCGUGGGCGACAGCGUGGAUGAGGACGCUGUCCUUCUCGUGGCUCACGUCCUACCGCAUCGCCUACCCGUGCGGUAGGCGCCUGUGCAUCUUCGGCUGCGCAAACGGCCAAGACAAGAUGUGCCACUACCUCGUCUGCGCGCCACUG